AUGCCAGGCCCACGUCAAGGAAACCGCAGGAGAUCCCCUGGCCCCAAAGCGAAGCCACAACGCGCCAAACAAGCGCCACCCGCGAACAAACAGCACGUCAACAAAAUCGAGCGUGAAGCCGCACCAGAGACCCAGCCCGAAAACCCCAAUGGUUUCGAAAUAGUCAGCAAAAUUCAUCUCUCGCUCCAACAAUUGCUCCUCGAUGUAUUCAAGACAGCCCUCCUCUCGAACCAAGCACCCGCAGAGUCGACACCUGCAAACCCAGACGCAGAGUCCAGUGAAUCGCAAACAGAGGACAAGAAAGAUGAGCCGCUAGAUAUGAAAUCCUUGAUUCAGACGAUCAAGGGUCUUCUCUAUCAGCGGGACUUUGACUCGGCCUUUACUGAGGCGGGUGAGGAUUUGUUGCGCGCUUAUGCCUUGCGCUGGAGUGCGUCGCGCUCUUUGGGAUAUGCGGGGUUGUUGAAGGGUGUGCUAUCCUGGAUGAAGGAGGAAGGGGAGAAUACCAGAGGUCGUUCUAGGACGUCAUCUAACAAAUGUACUCGGGUUGUCUGCAUUGGCGGUGGCGCUGGUGCUGAAAUUGUUGCCCUUGCGGCCGCAUGGAGAGAUUUGGGCCAUGGUGCCGAAUCACUAGAGGACGGUGUUGCCGGCGUGUCUCUGGAAGACACCGAAAACAAAGAAGAAAAUAAGCCAGAAAUUGAGGGUGCAGCGGGAUCAAGUCUCUCCGUUGCCGCCGUCGAUAUCGCCGACUGGUCGAAGAUUGUCGAUCGACUUUCGCGAACUAUCACGUCGGCCGAAGUGCCAUUCCCGCAAACGACAAGGUACCGCUCACCAUUACUUCCUCCUAGCGGGGACAACUUCUCUGUAUCGUUCCGCCGGGAUGAUGUUCUCACCAUGCCCGAAGAGGACUUGAAGGAAGUGUUCAUGGGCGCUCCUUCAGCUACACCCUUCUCUUCUAUCCUCGUUCCUAUCAUGUUCACAUUGAAUGAGCUCUUCUCUACGUCCAUGCCUAAGACUACUGGAUUCUUGCUCCGCAUGACGGAGAUUCUCCCUGCCGGUGCCAUCCUUCUCGUUGUUGAUAGUCCCGGCAGCUAUUCGACUUUGAAGCUCGGUAAGGGACCAGAUGGCGAACCGCAAGAGAGGAACUAUCCAAUGAAGUUCCUCCUUGAUCAUACGCUGCUGUCAGUAGCCAAGGGGAAAUGGGAGAGAGUUUACACGGAGGAAUCAAGGUGGUGGAGACGCGACGACAAGCGGUUGAAGUACGAAGUUGGUGAAGGGGCCGGGUUGGAGGAUAUGCGGUUCCAAAUGCAUGUGUAUCGGCGGUUGUAG